UAUUAUCCCCUUUCCUUUAGAAUUGUUUUUGUGUUCUAUUAUUUUCGUCUCCCCUCCGAAACGCACCUCCAUCCAUUCCCAUCAACAAAGACACAAACUAACAACUCACCUAACCCAACUAGGCCCUAGCAACAACACCAAUCUAAGCCUCGCGGCCAUGAACGCGGCAUCGACUGUCGCACUGCUUGAGCAGUGCCUGCCCCUGACCGAGGACCGGUACCUACGCUGUCUCUUCGGUGAGCCGUGGGGCCCGCUGACCAUGUGCGGCGCCCUGGUGCUGCUCAAGGUGCACCUCGGCUCCCUCACGCGCCCCGCCGCCAAGGCGUACUGCGCCCAGCGCUUCCUCGACUUGCACUGCCGCCACUUUGCGAGGCAGCAGGAGCAGCAGGAGCAGCAGGAGCCUCCUGAUGCUGUAGUAUUGGUGUCUGCGUCUUUGGAUGGGGGUGUCGAGGCUGCCUCUGCUGGCGCCAACCAACUGCUCACCCCCAGCAGCGCGUCCGCCUAUGCGCUAGCGCACGGAUGGCUGGAGAGCUGGUACCCUGAUCUCGACAUGGACUCGCUUGACAUUGACAUGGACUGGGGCGGCGCGGGAUGGGAGCUGCCGCUGUGGUACUCGCCGGACGGGGACCGGUUGGGGCAGGCGAGUGUCCAUCCAUAGGAAGAAUUUGCCGGAUCAAAGUAUUCGGGGUUUAUUUGCUAAUGCUAGAGCUUGUAUGUUGGCUAAGUACAUCAC